AUGAGCAGUAUCAGAAACCAGAACGACAAUCGUCGACCAACAUUCCGUGAUCAUCGUACACCACAAUUUAGCGGUCGUGGUGGUAGUGGUGGUGGCGGACGCCGUCUUCAAAAUCCAGCUCAUUAUCCACAACGCAGAGAUAUGUCGCCGAUUCGCAGAUCUUCAGCAAUUUCACCAGUCAGACGUUCACAGGAUCAUCGCCAACGUUCGCCUGAAGUUCGACGUCAUCGAUCACCGGAAAAGGAGUCAAAAGACGCAGUGGUCACAUCGACUGGAUCUUCACGUGGAGCCACGUCAGCAUCUGUCACGUCGUCAUCGAGAAGGCAUGAGAGUGGGGAGAGACAUAGAGAGACUCAUCGUAGAGAGGAUAAAGAGAAGAAGCCAGAAAAAUCUACGGAUCGUGAUGCUGAUCGUUCAAACAACAUUGCUGCCAGAAUCCAGGCUCCAGUCGUCUCAUCGUCGACCCACCACCAUCAUAGCAACAGGCAUGAAAAUCGAAAGAGCACAGCAGUGAAGCGACCUGCCGCCGACAAUCGUCCAAUGACAUACUCAACCGAUGUUUCUGUGUCUCGACACUCGGAAAAUCGCCGAAAAUCGUCUUCGGAUGUUUCACGUCGCCACGGGGAUAAGGAGAAAAGAGAUCGGAAACGUGAGGAUGUAAAGAAGAAAAGUAAUGGAGAACGAUCGUCGAGCAGUGGAAGAAGACGUGAAGAAGAUCACAAGAGAAAGAGUGAGAGCAGCAGAAAAGAGAAGAAAGAUGAAGAUGUUAAAGAAAAGGUUGUUGAUGAGAAUAAAGUAGAAGAUGAAGCUGUUGAAAUGCAAGGAUUAGUGGAAGUAGACUGUUGUGAAGAAGAGGAGACUAUUGAACAGGCAAAGGAACAUGGUUCAGAUGAGCCAGAACGUCCAGAAUCUCACCAAUCUGCUCACAGUGCAGCAGUCUCGAACGCCUCUCAUCAUUCUGACAGCGAAGAAGAGCUCGACUACGAAGAAGACGAUAUUGAUGUUGAUCUUGAUGGUGAUAUUGAUGUGGAGACAAUGAAGAUGGCUGCAAGAGGAGAUUUGAAGGUAGACGAUACUACUGAUGAGGAUGAAAUUAAUGAUGUGAAAGACGAAACUAUGGAGGAACAGAAAGAAGAUGGAGAGCCAGAAAAGAAGAAGCCAAGAACUUCAGAGAACGAUGACAAGGAUAAGAAGCAUCAUGGCUCAUCAUCAUCGAAUAGCCACCGUCGCCGAGAAGACGACAAGGAUCGCCGCCAAUCUUCGGAUCAUCACAAGGAACGUCGCCGUUCACCAGCAACACGCCAAAGGGCGACAGAUCACAAGGAAUCGAGGAGAAGUGAGGGAACAUCUACUCGUGUAGAAUCAGCAGCAUCAGCAGCAGGUACAGAAAUACAGAGAAUACCAUCGCUUCUUACGAUGCGGAUAGCAGCCCCUCCUGGGAUUAAGAAAUUGGAAACUUUAUAUCAUAGUGGUAGUGGUGGUUCUUCUUCUUCUUCAUCUCAUUCAUCUGAGAUGAUCAUCGUCGGUGAGACGUUUUCUAACAGAUGGUGUCAGUGCUCUUGUGCGCAUCAUUUGCCUACGACGUCGUCGGCAGCCGCAGCCGCCGGAUCCUUAGAUGCGUCCCCUGCUUCCUCUUCCUCAUCGUCGUCGAAUUCAGAUGCAUCUGUCUCGAGAAUUCCGUCCCUGAUGUCAUUGCGGACCCCGUUUAAUAACAGCUGCCUCUUUUUAGCGCCCCCACCACCACCAUCAUCAUCAUCAUCAUCGAAACGGAGUCAUGAAGCAGCUGCACGAAUCCGAGCACCAUCACCACCACGUCGUUCGUUUGGAGAUCGAGGAAAUCGGAGUGAUGAGCAUCAUGGAGGAAGUCGUCACAUGGAUGUUGGACCACAACGUCGUCGACUACAGGAUCAUCGAGUCAGGGAUGAUGGAAGAAGAGUUAGCAGUUUUGAGGAUAGGAAGAGACCUGAAAGAGGAUUUCAAGAUUCUGGACGAGUGAGUUUAUCUUUGAAACAUCUAUAA